UGACUUUAUUGCUUGCCGUACUGAAAGCGUCCAUAGCAGCCAGCGAUCUGUUGACAACGGGAAUCCAUUAAUUUACAGCUAACCUGAUAUUUCAAUGCAGCGAGGGUCGUUUGGUGUGAUUUAAAUGUUUUCCAGGGUGUUAAUGGUGUAAAAAUGACCUCAAACAAUCCAGCUGUUUUUCUUCUCAUGAUCAACGGGCAAAUCGAAGCAGCUGAUUUCCCAGAAUAUGAUGAUCUGUACUGCAAGUAUUGUUUUGUUUAUGGACACGACUGGGCGCCCACAUCAGGCUUGGAAGAGGGCAUUUCUCAAAUAACAUCAAAAGGUAGAGGAUCUCAGAGUUUGGUGUGGAAUUUCCCAUUGGACAUCACAUUCAAAAGCACGAACCCAUUUGGCUGGCCCCAGAUUGUAGUUAGUGUAUAUGGCCCUGACACCUUUGGAAAUGAUAUUGUGAGAGGUUAUGGAGCCGUGCACAUCCCGUUUACACCUGGAAAACAUACCAAGACCAUUCCUAUGUUUGUUCCGGAGUCUACGUCAAGACUGCAGAAGUUCACAAGCUGGCUGAUGGGAAGGCGUCCAGAAUUCACAGAUCCCAAGGUUGUUGCUCAAGGAGAGGGAAGAGAAGUCACAAGGGUGCGCUCACAAGGUUGUGUCACGCUACAGUUCAACAUUGUGACUAAGGACAUGAAGAAGCUGGGUUAUGACACGACAUCAAUAGAGCAUUCACCUGCAAGAACACCACAACAGCUUUGAUAACCUUAAGGAUCUUUUUUGUAUCUUAGUUGCUUUAUUCAGUUAGUUUUUGUAGCUGCUUUAUAACUACACGUUAUAUUGUUUAAUCAGCUUUGUAUGUUUUAAAAUAAACUGAUCUUGUUU